ACCGCGGCGCGCGCUCCUGAUUGGCCCGCGCGGUGGCCGCACCGCCGCCAAGCGCCGUCAGCAGACGGAGAGUAACGGGACUGUGGUCGCGGGCCGCCCCAGCCACGCACCAUGCCCUACCUGCUCAUCAGCACCCAGAUCCGCAUGGAGGUGGGCCCCACCAUGGUGGGCGAUGAACAUUCGGAUCCGGAGCUGAUGCAGCACCUGGGGGCCACGAAGAGACGUGUCCUGGGAAACAACUUCUAUGAAUACUAUGUCAACGACCCUCCUCGCAUAGUCCUGGACAAGCUGGAACUCAGGGGCUUCCGUGUGUUGAGCAUGACAGGGGUGGGCCAGACGCUGGUGUGGUGCCUGUACAAGGAAUGACCUGUGGACAGAGCACCUAUUCUUCGGAGGGCCUGACUUGUGCCCUGAGCCCCAAUCCUUGCAACAUUGUCUUCCCUGCCUCUUUCUAAACUGUCAGGUUCCUUGCCCAACCCUGAUGGCUGCGCAGCCUAAGGAGCCUUGCUCCAGUUCCUCGGGCACAGCAGGCCUUGCCCUGGUCUUGUCAGCUCCCCCAGCUAGGGACCUCUUGCUCUAGGCCAUGUGCUGAAGGAGGCUACCCAGAGGACACUCCCUGGAUCCUGCACAGCUAGUCCAAGCCAAUAAAAGGCUCUCAUGAGUGGAUGUUCCUUA